AGGCAGCCCUCAGUGGAGGAGGCUGCCUCAGUAAUGCCUCCUGCUCACUCUCCAGCUUUCCCGGGCCCGCAUGAGGAAAGCUGCCUGUAGAGCGACAGGCUGAGGGCUUUGUAGGGCUUUGUUCUGAAAUAAAGGAUGGUUUCUCGAACAGAGUCGGGGUGGAGGUGUACCCCUGCAGGGCUCUGCCCCCAGGAAGAGAUAGGCUGGGAUGGUAGGGUACUUUCAGGGCACCAGGCGGGUGUUCCAGCAAGGAGCAGUGUGCCCAAUCACUGCCCUCCUGGCACAGGAACUCCCAAUGCCAGGCGCAAGAUGGAAAGAACUGGCUAUGUGACCUGCCCUGUCUGGCUGAGGAGCAGGCAAGGACCAGUCCAUACGGGAGGGCCUGGCCCGGCCAUUUCAGCCUCCAUCUCUGAGCUCUCAGUUCCUGAGUGAAGGUGAGGCCUUGCUGAGGGUGUCCUCAGAGCAAGAUCAAAUCAGUCUGAAACUGUUUCUUGUCAUCCCAGUGAUGUAACCAACCCUUAGGCUCGGCCUGCGUUGUGGUUAGGGGAGUUUCAGAGUGAACAUGUUCAGACCCCCACUACUUCCUGAAACCUUUCAGCUGGGCCUGCAGGGGUGUUCAGUGCCGCCUCAGGACGGGCCUGCUCAGUGCCGCCUCAGGACGGACGGGCUUAGCUCCACAAUCCAAAGGUGACAAGCAUGCUCCUGGAGACUGGAGGGACGGUCGUCAGUGCAGGCAGAGCUCAGGGCUCAAGGGCCGUGGCCAUCACAUGGGGCAUGCUGCCUGUGCAUGCCUCGGGGACUCCAAGCACCGCUCUCCCCAGAAGGUGGGUUUACGUAAGGGGCUGUGCGGCCACAGGGGCUGCGUGGGAUGGGGAGGCUCUGCAGGAGGCUGGAGACAGGAAAGUGGAAGUGGGAAGGAUGAGAGCUAGGUGACCAGGAGGAAGGUGUGGUUUGAAGACAGGCUAGAUAGCAUCAGCAUGAGCGUGAGGGUGGACAAGGGGAAGUAGAGGUGUGGGUGGAACUCAGGGCAGAUAGAAAGGGACAUCCGGGGGACACGGGCCCGUUCAUCACGUAGCCUGGUGGGAACAGUGAAACGAGUGAUGUCCCCAGGUCAUCAGGCCGGCGGUGCUGCUGACGCCUGAUGGGGUUCAGUCUGUCACGGGUCCCUCUGGGUACAGACCAAGGAGGGGGACUGAGUCCACCAAGUCCAAGCAGACAUCGUGAGCACGGUAAACCAUGUGGCCAUGGUCUUGGUGGAUGUCGUGGGCCCCGUGGCUUUGGUAGACCCUCCUCUGCCAGAUUCUCACAACGUUUGGGAGCACACUGUUGCUGAGUUCCAAUGAAAGUCUGCCACGGUCUUCUCCCAUCGGGGGUCAACCAUUCUCAACUACCUCACAAAUGAGAUACAGCCCUAAAGAUGGUCCAGGAUGUCAAGAGGAAAACAAUUCACUACCCACAGCCAGGCCAGACCCCCACAGUAAGCUGAGAGGGCAGUGUCUACUUCUUGAAGGGCACAGACCCUGGGAUCCUUCUCUCCCUGGUCUUUAAGCACUCUGCUCGGGUUCAUAAGAUGGCCUGGCCCGGCCAUACUCUCUGAGACAAGCAUGGAGCAUGGGGCUAUUGACCCAUGCCCCUUCCUGUGGAAGAAAUAGCCCAGUUAUUGCAAGAUGUCCACAACAACUGAUCUAGCUGGUUAGGGAUCCUGGGAGGUUAGGCCAGGGGCCCUGAGGGUCCUGAGCACGCUCCCUUUUAUAACGGAGAAGACUGACAAUAGAAAGGGAAAUGGCGUGUAGCCUGGCAGGCUGGGAAAGGGGCAAGCAAGUCAUUGACCAGACUGCAAGGCCAGUAGCUGUAUCAGGGCUGGGGUUACCCAAAGCCAGCCAUGGUGAGGGGGCCACAUCAUGGCAUGGGGGUUCAAGAGGCGCCCUCUCUGUGGCGUCCCAGGCUGCUCCUGCCUGAGACUCGUGGUUGGCCUCCUUUGAUAUGGGUGCUGAUGCCCUGGGGUUUAGGGACGUGACCCAGAUGGGGAUAUGGGAGCCUUGUGUUUCCCUAUCUAGGCUGAGCAGAUGGUCCCAACCGCCCACCCGAUCUCCCUGGCCCAGCUCUGUCCACAGGUGACGGGGACUUGACUGGCAGUUAGGGCGGUCUCCACCAGUGCGUCCUCGCUGCAGGAGGAAACUGUGUGUCACGUUUUCGGUUGAGCCCCUGCUUCCUCUGGCUUCUUUCUGCAAAGUGGCUGAAAGCUAAGCACCACCCUCUUCCUCAUCCCCAGGGCCACCUGGUGCAGGGGACAGACCCGCUUUUCUAGGCCUGCUCUGCGGCUCUUCAGGACUCUAAUUCUAGUUGUGGGGAGGGCAGGUGCUGUGUAGCCCCCACUGCGCACUCCGGGGCUUUGGGGCUUCGGGCUCCGGUCCGUGCGGUCACGUGUUCAUUCACGAGCGUGAGGGUCCUGAUUACUGUCAUUUUGAAUUUGGAAGGAGAGGGCAGCUUGCUCUGUCAGAUGUAAGGCAGGCCUUUAAGGUCCACAGCCCGCUCAGGGAGGGGCUCAGCCGCCGGCCAGGAAGGAGGACUCCAGGUGGCGUGUGGUGUGACCCUAGGUAGAGCGAUACAUCAGACUAGGUGGCACCCCAGAUGAGUGGUGCUCGGUCGAGGUGGUGUCUCCCCUCUACACUCAAGAACUCCGACUGUGCUGAUCCCAGGUAGGACUGGAUCCCUUCAGCUCUUCCCUCGAGGGCCCUGGCCCAGGUAACUGUUGUCAAGAUUUGGGGACUCCUGCAGUGCUUCUCAGUUCUCCCUCACCCUGGAACUCCAGUGUCGGGAGUAGCCAGAGAGCCUCAGAUCUCUUGCCAGGCCUUGGAGAUGGGCGCAACAGCUCCGACGGAUGGACACACGGCACCCACCUAGGAUGGCCUCUGUCACAGCUCCCGGAGCUCAGAGUGAGGGUCUCACAGACCCUUGCCAGGGCUCUUGAACCAUGCCUCACAGGGAAGUGGCCUGAGACCCGGAGGGACAGACAGACGACACCUGUUCUGUGCCCAGCAGGUCAGGGGGUGUUGGGAAGACGCAAGGAGCCUGCUGAGGGAGGACACGGCUUGGCAAUGGCCCUUCCUGCUCUUCCUGGCCUCGCCUCUCUUUAAUGGCGCUGAGGUGUUACUUCCGACUUCUCCAGAGGUUGGUGAACUUCUGUAAUCUCAGGUGAAUGGUUUGGCUUCUUGUUAUUUCCAGUUUUCAGAAACAGUCGAGAAGGGACCAGGGGAGCUGGGAACUGGUAGCUCCACCUGUGAAGCUGCAGGGCUUAGUGUGGAUGUCUGCGGGCUCCGCUUCACUCGGACUGGCUUCCAGAGAAUUCCAGUGGCCACCCCUGAAGGCCCAAUGUCCAUUGGACAGAUACUGUGGUUAUCUGCCUGACUGAGGGGCAGCCAUGGUCUGUGUUGUGGGAACAGGCGGGCUGAAUCCAGUGAGGAAUUCCUCGAGGUCCAGACCCUGCCCUCCAUCUGCAGGGCUGUGGAACACAUGGGUCUUGACAGGCCUGAGUUGUCUCUCGGGCUUUGGGGCCUCUGGAUGAGGUUUCCCCAACACUGACGAUGCACUGAGAGCCUCCUUUGGAAACCUCUUCACCUAGGUGACAUAGAGCCCGUUCAGAAGCACCCCUGCCAGUCAGAGAAGGAUCCACUGGAUUCCCCAGUCCACAGCUCUGUGCACUGAUGAUAUUUCCCUCAGAGGGUCCGGGAGGGGUCCUUGUCCCCUUCACACUGGUGAUGUGCUUGAAUAUAGCUUUUGGGUCACACAUACUUAACUUUUUGGGUCAUUAUUUAAUCAGAGAAAAAAAUUUCCUUAGGAAGAAUUUUAGCAAGUUGAAAGUUAAAUUUUCGCAAGGUUGCUGGAAACUGACUGCAAAAUUGGGCUGUGAAAUAUUUGUACCCCCCAACAGUCCCAUCAUAGAGCUUCAGGGCACCGUGUCUCCAGUCUCCAGAACACCCACUUAGUUAUUUUUGCCAACCUGACAGGAAGAAAAGACAAAACAAAAACAAGGACCCUCUUCCUCGUGCUUAUUUUUGUAUUCUUGGCUUUUGGGGAGCUUUUCUUAAUUCUUCUGUGGACGCUCAUGUGCCUUCCGGCUUUGCCAACUAUGACAAACAACAGUUUUAACUAUGGUACCCGGGGUGAUGCACUGGUGCUCGUUGGCUUCUCCGGUGCCCGGCUCUCUCUACUGGGUUGCCUUCCAUUGCUUGUGGGAUGCUCUAGCAUCUUUGUUGAAUGCGUCAACCCGCGUGCUUUCAUCUGAAGUGCUGGGGUUACAGGCACGAGGCACCACGCCUGGCUGGCUGGCGGGUUGGUCUCCUCCUCCUCCUCCUCCUCUUCUUGUUUUGCAUGUUUACCCAAAUCCUUCUCGACUUGCCCUUUCUCCAGGCCCCUCGAAGCCGCUGUCAGAGCCGCCUUCACAGGGGGCACAGAGCCCGCAUCGGAGCUGCCAUGAGAACAGAGCCCACCAGUGCGGCAGGAAACACCACGCUGGGGUCCCCUGAGACCUGCCGCAUACCCUAUGAGGACAGCAGAGUGGUCCUGAUGGUGGUGUACAGCGCAGUGUGCGUGCUGGGCCUGCCGGCCAACUGCCUCACUGCAUGGCUGACACUGCUGCAGGUGCUGCAGAGAAACGUGCUAGCGGUCUACCUCUUCUGCCUGUCGCUCUGCGAGCUGCUUUACAUUAGCACGCUGCCGCUUUGGAUCAUCUACAUCCGGAACCAGCACAACUGGAGCCUGGGUCCGCAGGCCUGCAAAGUGACGGCCUACGUCUUCUUCUGCAACAUCUAUAUCAGCAUCCUCUUGCUGUGCUGCAUUUCCUGCGACCGCUACCUGGCAGUGGUCUAUGCACUGGAGAGCCGAGGCCACCGCCACCAGAGGACCGCCAUCUUCAUUUCUGCCAGUGUGUUUGCUCUGGUUGGACUUGUGAACUACCCGGUGUUUAACUUACCCAUGGAGAAGAGCUCCUGCUUUGAGCCCCUGAGGAUGGACGCUACCAUAGCCACCUACCACUACCUGCGGUUUACCUUUGGCUUUGCCGUCCCUCUGGUCACUCUAGCAUUCACCAACUACCAGGUUUUCAGGAGCAUCAAGCUGAGCAUGAGCCUGAGCGCGGCACAGAAGGCUAAGGUGAAGCAUGCCGCCAUCGCGGUCGUCACCAUCUUCCUGGUCUGCUUUGCCCCCUACCACCUGGUGCUCCUCGUCAAGGCCGUCAUAUUUUCCUUCUUCGGAGGAGCCAUGGAUGCUGUGUGUGCCUUUCAGGGCAGACUGUACACCGUCUCCGUGGUGUUCCUGUGCCUGUCCACGGUUAAUAGCGUGGCCGACCCCAUCAUCUAUGUGCUGGUCACAGACCAUUCUCGACAAGAAGUGUCCAGAAUCCACACGGGCUGGAAAAAGUGGUCCACAAAGACAGAGGUUACAUACUUUAAGGACUCAGAGGAGACACGCUCACCCACAGCGCUUACACACACCUACACCUUCCCCAAGCCUGUGCAUCCUCCAGGGUCACAGCCGGCUGAGCCGGGUUUACAGUGCUCCCCAGAAAGACUGCCUGAGGAAUUCUGCUAAGCCCAUUAUGCCUCAGGGGAGGAUGCUAAGCCCCGAAAUCAGCACCAGUCACAUAUUCCUGGUCCUUUGAGCCACCGUCUGGAGUGCCCACCACAUGGCAGAUGCCUUUCUGGAAGAUACACUGCUGAUCUCUCCUUCCUAAGGCCACUCAACUCUAGACAUCUACCCCUUGGAUGUCCAGAACCUCCAGGCCCUCCUAUGUGGAAAGCGACCGUGCUUUGAGAGCACCUUAGGCUGCCAGGGACUCAGCCGGGAUGUGGCUGGAAGGAGAGCCAUCGGCAGGGCACUUCACAGAGCACGGGACGAUGACUUUAUUUCCUAUGCUUUCCUGCAUUGUCCAGUGGCUACUGCAGUGCAUAUUGGGGCCUUCUACAGAGGUAGACAUGACCUGCAUCUAAGGUUACCAUCACGGUGCCUAGGGACUGUGACACAGCCAACCCCGAGGGCUCCCAGUGGGGCUUGUUCUGUGUAGACAUAACUGUCUUCUAGGGGAGCCAUGGGGCAUGGUGGCCAGUUGCUCCAGCUCCUGGUAUCCCCAUACAUCCUCCCUAGGGAGCCCUCUACCAUUUACUUUAGGAAGUGUUAGUGGACACCCCAGAAAGAGGUUGGCGUAGCUGCUGGCAAACAAGGGGGCAUCUGGCAUCUGGCCUUGGCGUCACAGGGGAAGCAGGCUGGGACCCCUGAAAGGGCAAGUCAGGAGCAAGCCUCUCUGCCCGCUUCCUCCAGCGCUGGAUCAGAGACAAAGACCUCAGGGCUCUGAGUCAAAUCCCAGGUGCUCCUUAAGAGCCCUGUCUCGGCCCAGUCAUACGCAUACUUUUGUUAGCUACCUCACCGGGUCACUCACGGUUGGGGCUGACCCCCGCCCCUUCCCCAAGAGACUCCCAACAUACUUGGAGUACAAGGUCUAGAGGCAGCGAGCUCAGCGGGCUUUGGAGCCGAUGCCGCUGAAGCGCGCGCCUCACAGGAGUUGCACAGAGAUGGUGAUAAAUGACAUCCGAGGUUACCUUUCCUUGUUCACUGUAAACCUGAGAAUGAGAACACCAAAACAGACGUUGAUCCGAA